ACCUUCCAAAGCCACUGGGUACGCGGCUUCAACUCUGGCGGGGGCCAGCCUGGUGCCGAAACCUUCUGGACUCACCCCCAGUUCCGGCUGACGCUGCUGGAGCCUGAUGAUGAUGAUGAGGGGGAGGAGGGGCCCUGGGGGUGCUGGCGGGCAGCAGGGCCGCGGGGCCCCGCACUGGGGGAGCGCACCUCCAAACUCACUGUGCUUCUGUCACUCAUCCAGCGCAACAGGCGGCGCCUGAGGGCCCAGGGCCUCACGUACCUGACUGUGGGCUUCCACGUGUUCCAGAUGCCGGAGGAGCUGCUGGGACUGUGGGACUCCCCGCGCAGUCGCGCGCUCUUGCGGGGCCUGCUCUCGCCCUUCUGUGUCCGCCGCGACGUGAGCCGCCGCUGCCGCCUGCGCCCCGGCCACUAUCUGGCGGUACCCAGCGCCGUUCGCGCCUGCGACGAGGCCUACUUCACGCUGCGCGUGUUCUCCGAGCGCCGCCACACCGCAGUGGGAAUAGAUGAUGUGAUCAGCGCCGACCUGCGUGCCCUCAUGGUCCCCUACAUUCCCCUGGAGCUAGAGAUGGAGCAGCUGUUUCAGGAGCUGGCAGGAGAGGAGGAAGAACUCAAUGCCCCUCAGCUCCAGGCCUUAUUAAGCGUUGCCCUGGAGCCUGCCAGGGCCCAUGCACGGACUCCCAGAGAAAUCGGGCUCAGGACCCGUGAGCAGCUGCUGCAGCGUUUUGGGCGUGGGCGAAGCCUCGACCCGUACCACUUCCAGCAGCUCUGGGGCCACCUCCUGGAGUGGCAGGCCACACCUGACAAGUUCGAUGAGGACGCCUCUGGAACCAUGAACUCCUGUGAACUGAGGCUGGCCCUGAACGCAGUGGGCUUCCACCUGAACAACCAGCUGACCCAGGCCCUCACUAGCCGCUACCGGGACAGCCGUCUGCGUGUGGACCUCGAGCACGUCGCGUCCUGCAUGGCCCAGCUCAUCUGCAUCUUCCGCCACUGCAGCCAGCACCUGGGUGGGGGUGAGGGGGUCGUCUGCCUGACCCACAGACAGUGGAUGGAGGUGGCCACCUUCUAGGACCUCAGCCUGGGAGCCCUGCCUUUCCCUUCUCCCAGCCCAGACCAGGGUUUCCUCUACAGGGAGGGGGCUGAUGACCUGCCGUUAAGCAGUGAUUCAGAGCGUGGCCUUGGGAGCCAGCCUGCCUGGAGCUGACAUCUGGCCCCACCACUCAUCAGCUGUGUGACACCGGGCAAGUCACUGCACCUCUCUGGUGAACGGGCAUGGUAACAGCACCUCUCUCGUGCAGGCUGCACGAGUUAGCCCACGUUACAUGCUUAGAACAGUGCCUGGCCUGGAGUGGGUCCCCAACAGCACUCCUACUUUCACACACUCAGGGGAACAGGGACUGGGGCACUCCCACACCCCACCUCGCUCUGGGAAGAGGUGCUCUGUCAUGGCUCUCCUAAGAGGUGGAGAACAGAUAGAAAAACAGAGGACACUGUAGGAAUCCUUCUUAAAAAUAUUACAUGUUUUAUUAUCCUGUCCCCAGAAGGGUGGUUUAUCCAGAAACCGAGAAAAAAAAUAAUCAAUCGGAAUAAACUCAAAAAAAAAGGAAGGGGGGGGAGGUGGUGGAGUGAAACCAUCCACUAACAGGCAGCUAGGCCAGCAGCCCACCCUCCGCCUCCGGGGGGGGGGGGUCCCCAGAGACCCACGCCGACGGCAGACAUCAGAGAAAUCAGUAAGGGGCUGGGGGAGGGGAGCAAAUCAGCUAUGUCUUCAUUAUGAGAGCAAGAGGCGGCGAAGAUAUGCUGCUAGGUGAAUAUAUAUUUAUAUAAUAAAUCCGUAAGUUAAUAAAGUAAAUAGUAAUUCUCUGAAAGGUUUUUUUCAUAGUUUUUUUUUUGUGGAUUUUUGUGUGUUUUUUUGGUGUGUUUUUUUGGUGUUUUUUUGCGGGUGGAGGGGGUCCUUAGAAAAUCUGAGAGAUACACAGGUCCAGACAAAGCAACGUGGGGGCUGGCUGGGGGUGAGGGUGGGAGGCUGGUCUGCCCAACCCCACUCCUGGUACAGAAGAGGGGGGACUGAGCUGAACCCCCUCAUCUCCUGGCAAUGCCAAGUGAGGGGAGGGGACAGGGGAGCAGGCUGGUCCUCUUUCCUGCCGGGCGGCUGUGGCGCCCUCUGUGGGGCCCAUCGCAGGCCCGGGGGGUUCCUGGACAAGGCACGUCGGGCUUUGGCCUGGAUGUGGGAGGCCUUGAAGGGACCUCAGGGGAGAAGAAAUGGACCGGGGGUGGUGGUGAGGGGUGGGCGUUUCUAGGGCUUUGAGGGGGCCUGUUUUGCUGUGAGGAUCCACUGUCCCCUCCACAGAGUUUAAAAAACAGAACAAAACAACACAUCAUAUAUAUUUACCAGACCAGAAGCACUGACCCCGGAAGCCUCCCUCGCCCCCGUCCAGGGGGAGGGGGAGAUCCUCCUGGUCCACCGACAAAGAGAGAGGAGAGAACCUGCCCCAGCCCC